UCAUCUGCGGCCGUAUGAGAGUUUUUUUUUUAAAUAAGUAGGUAAACAGUGAUAUUGUUUUAGUGUUAUUCUAGUCAACCAGUAUUAAAUAUUAUCUACCGUGAUAUUACAACAUGUAACAUUCGAUUUUGUUGGUCUCUGACGUUAAUACUUAUAAACUGAAUUUACACAAACCUUUAGCGAAUAUGGCAGACAUUGAACUUAAGAGAACUGAAAAACAAGAGAUACCAGAAAAAGAUUCUAACGCCAACGAUAUUGAAGAAGACGAGCACAAGAACAAAAAGGAAACAAUUAGAAAUAGUAACAAAAAUGUCGAGAAAAGCACUUACUUAUUCUUCCUCGUUUGCAUAUUAGGAUUAAUAUUUGGGAUAGCUUUAGAGAUAGUCAAAGUUGGAAAGGAUACCAAAGACACGAAGCCGAAGUACUGGGUGUACUCUGCUAGGCAAGACGUGGACAGCAGAGAAGGGUUGCUGAAACACGUGCACCUGGUGCUGGGGAGGCUGGGGUGGGAGAAGUCUACCAAUGCGACGCCGUGGGACCUGCUGUGGUCGCACGACUGGCCCUUCACGGCACUGGCCCCGCAUCUGUACCAGCUACAACCCCAUCAGAGAGUGAACCACUUUCCUGGGACCGGAUUUAUCACCAACAAGGUAGACCUGGCUACAUCGGAAUCGAAAUACAUUCCGAAAGCAUUCAGACUCCCGAAGAAUAAGGAAGAAUUCUUGAAGUACGCCGUGGAGAAUAAGGACGUCAUGUUUGUGGAGAAGAACAACCAGCAUCGAGGAGUGGUGCUGAAGAAUGUGAGCCAGGUGGACCUCGCCAGCGGGGAUAGUUUUGUCCAAGAGUACCUGCAGCGCCCGUUCCUGGUCGACGGACAUAAGUUCGACAUUGGCGUGUAUGUAGUACUCACGUCUGUCGACCCCCUUCGGGCGUACUGGUAUAAAGGCGAUAUACUGUUCAGGUUCUGCACAGAGAAGUACUACCCGUUCGACCCUCGAGAUCUCAACAAGUAUGUGGUGGGGGAUGACUACCUGCCCGCGUGGAAGGUGCCUUCGCUCUCCCGCGCCUACUCUACUCUGGGCCUCAGCGUGAAGGACGCCUUCGACAUCUAUGCUCGCUCCCAGGGCAAGGAUCCUGACAGGAUGUGGGAGGAAGUGCAGCAGUCCAUUGCUGAAGUAUUGCUCGCCAAGGAGAGGCACGUAGUCCAAGCUCUGAAGGAGUACCGGUCGCGGCACAACUUCUUCGAGCUGAUGCGCUUCGACCUGGUGGUGGACGAGGAGCUGCAGGUGUAUCUGCUGGAGGCCAACAUGUCUCCCAACCUGAGCUCCGCUCACUUCGCCCAGAACCGGCUGCUCUACGAACAGGUGCUCUAUGGAACCUUCUCCCUGGUUGGUGUCGCAUCCCCGCUGAACGGCUACCGUACUGACGAUGCCAGCGAAAAAGCAGCAUCGGCAAGCAUGGUAUCGUCAGAUAAGAACAUCGCGGUGUGGGGCGCGGAGUGCGGCGCGUGCGGACCGAGCUGCGCCGCGCUGUGCGGGCUGUGCGCGCCCUGCGCCCGCGCCGCCAAGGCGCUGCGGCCCGCGCUGGCGGCCGCGCACCGAGAGCACACGCACCGCGCCGACUUCCGCCGCCUCUACCCGCCCGCCAUGAAACCAAAUACGCCUCCACCGAAUUUGGCGAACUUGACUCCAAUGAACAGGCUGCAGCACCUAUGGUACCAAGGCAAAUGUAAUAUAGACAUCACAUGGUGUAGUUGAAAAAUAAAAGUUAUUUGUUCAAACUAAUUUAUUAAACUUUAUUACAAC